CAUUGCUGCCGCCUUCUCGGAGUUCCUCGCCGAAGGAAGGGGCAGAAAAUGGAGCUUGGAGAUAGAGGACGAGAGGCAGAGGGAGACCUUUCCCAUGAGGUGGAGGCAGGCAACAGGAAGCCGGGAAGAGUCAUUCACUUUGCCAGCGGAGAGAUGAUGGUUGAGAGCAGCAGUGAGGAGGAGCUGGAAGAGGAGCAGGAGCAGCUGGUGCAGCGAAUUGACCCGUCUACACUGCCCUGGAGGCACUUCCUGUGGUUCUGGAUGGUACACUUUGCCAGAAGAUCCUUAUUCACCUGUGACUUUCUUGGAGAGAAACUGGCUGACUUCUUUGGACUGACGACAGCCAAGUACCAGUAUGCUGUGGAUGAAUUCCUCAGUGUUCAAGACCAGAAAGAAGAUGAAGAUGGAGAAGAGAUCACAGAAAUGGAGGAGGUGGAAUUUUAUGAGAGGAAGCAUCUCCCCCUCCAGACAUCUGAAUAUGGGACUUUACAUACAGCAGAGUGCCCAGGAAUCAAUAGCAGAGCUGAAUGCAAGCACCAAGUAACAUACAGCAACGAAGUACUGGAAGACAACUAACCUCAUCUCGAUCUAAAACUCCUCAUGUAUAAUUUCCUCCCUUGUCAAUAGUUGCAGCUCUUGAAAAGAGAUUGACAUGAGUGCAUAAACUGGGACAGAAAGUAUCUCCUGUUUGCGCCUCCUCUCCCAUAGGGGAUGCUCUCACAAGUUAUGUAUGCACCCGUCACUGCCAACCAGCCUGGAACAGAGUCAUGUGGCAGCAUAGUGGUCAAGUCCCAGUUAUCAACACAAAAUAUGGACUCUGCUUCUCUCUUGGCAGAUGCUGCCUGAUCUACUGACUGUUUCCAGCACUAUUUUGUUAUUGGAAUUCUAGCACCUGGAAUUGGCAGAAUUUAAAUCUUGUCAUGACAACUGAGUCAUUAAGGAUCAUUCAAAGUGACCAUCAAACAUGUUCUCUGGAGAAAGAGAUUAGUUGUCCUUAUCUGGUCUGGGCUACAGAGUUUAAGAUUCAAGUUUAUUUUAUCAUGCGUACUUUGAAACACAGUGAAAUGCAUUGUUUCUGUUAACAACCAGUACACCCAAGGAUAUGCAAUUCCAGAGUAUUAACUCUUAAUAACCUUGAGUUCAGGGGCAAUGAAGGAUGAACAAUAAAUGCUGGUAGUGCCAUUGUGUUCACAUUCCCUGAGUAAGUAGAUGAGAAACGUUCCAAGGGUGUUUUUUGUGCCUAAAAAAAAUGCAAGUGCGGAAAAUCUGAAAAAAAAAAGUGCUGGAAACACUCCAAAGAUCAGAUGGCAUCAGUGGAGAGAGAGACAAUGACAAUGUUUCACUUCGAAGACCCUUACUCAGAACUUUGUGCUUCAGAUUAGCUGCUGAUAAACUGUAAGAAACAUCAAGAUGAAGCUCUAUUCUGCCCUUGUUUAUUGUUUCAAAGCUCAAAAUUCAAAGUAAAUUUGAAGAAGAGGUGAAAGUAGACAUUGGACCGCUGGAAAACAUUGCUGGGGAGGUAGUAACAGGGGACAAGGAAAUGGUGGACUGUGUGAAUAAAUAUUUUGCAUCAGGGUUCACUGUGGAAGACACU